GUUGGUGCUGCAUAUGAAGAUAUUGGGAAAAUGUUACUAAAAUAUCCGUGGAUACUUUCAACAAGUAUUCAAGAAAAUUAUGAGCAGAUCCUUUUGUUUUCUGAGGAAGAGAAGGUUGUUCUAUUUUUCAAAGCUCUUGGUCUUGACCAGGAAAGUGUGGGAAAGCUACUCUCUCGCUGUCCAUAAGUUUUUUUCUGCCAAAACUUUGAAGAAAAAGGUUGAAUUUCUUGCAGAGUUUGGUAUUUCCAGAGACUACUUUCCUAUCGUCAUCAAAAAGUAUCCAGAGCUUCUUGUGUCUGACAUGGGCAAAACACCGCUUCCUCGGAUGAAUUAUUUGAUGGAGAUGGGGCUGUCGAGGAGGGAGAUCAGUUUAAUGGUCUGUAGGUUUUCCCCUUUACUAGGAUACAGCAUCGAGGAGGUAUUAAAACCGAAACUAGAAUUCCUUUUAAACGGCAUAGGAAAGCCAGUGAAGGAUGUGGUGGGGUAUCCAAGGUUCUUCAGUUAUUCACCGGAGAAGAGAAUAAAACCCAGAUUCUGGGUACUUAAGGGAAGGAAUAUUGAAUGCAGCUUAGAAGAAAUGUUAGGGAAAAAUGACCAAGAGUUUGCUGUCGAGUUUAUGGGAAUGUCUUCCGCUACUUAAUUGUUUUAACGUUGAAGUGAUUCUCACUUUGUAAAUUUCAAUGGCA